AUGGCCGAACCUAACACUAGCACUUCCCCUGCAGAAUCCUAUAGUGUCAGUGCCGUUUUUGAAAUUAUCGAAGUAGCUGAGUAUAGGACCGAAACUAUUAAAGAGCUUUUUCAUCUACUGUCGUCCAUCAACAAAGCAUUAGGGAGAUUUGUGUUAACCUUUAAUAAGUCGAAUCCUUGCAAUCUCAGUCAUAAAGUCCAGCUUCACCUUCAAAUGGCAACUCGGACAACCCAACAGGCCUGCGCAAGAUUCCAGGAGGUGUUCAAACAAUGGAUAAGUCAUUUCAUUGGAGACUCUCUACGCGAGUCGAAUUGGAAUCCCUUUGGUGCCUUCGUGGACAUACAAUCGUGUAUGCUUAGCGGGAGGCUACGACAACUGAAGGUAACUAUGCACAUGGCGAUAGAAAUCUCCGCAUUGGUUUCCUUUUCCGCCUCGAGAAACAUUUUCGAUGAGGAGUGGAACUCUAUACUGAAGAAAGAGAAUACCUUACUUUUAGCGAUUAUUAAACCGAACGAAAGCCAAUAA